AAUGGGAUUGAGGAGUGUUGGGACUUGAAGUUGGUCAUUGGUGAGAAAGAGGUGUCAUAUCCAUUGUUUCAGUCUUUUGACAUUAUCAACUGCAAUACUAGAAUGGGAUUCUUGGCACCUCAUCAUCAGCUGGCUUUCAUAUUUGGUCUCUUAGGAAACAUUGUUUCGUUCUUGGUGUUCUUGGCACCAGUGCCAACUUUCUAUCAAAUUUGCAAGAAAAAAACUGCUGAAGGUUACCAUUCAAUUCCUUAUAUGGUUGCACUUUCCAGUGCAAUGAUGUUGCUGUACUAUGGUAUACUUAAGACGAACGCGGUUCUGAUCAUCAGCAUCAACGUCAUAGGAUGUGCUAUAGAAAUUGUCUAUCUAGUUUUAUACAUUAUAUAUGCUCCUAAGAGGGAAAAGGUUUCAACAAUGAAGUUCAUACUGCUGUUCAACAUGGGAGGCUAUGGCUUGAUCAUCUUACUCACCAAUUUAUUAACAGAAGGGUCCAAACGUGUGACUGUCAUGGGAUGGAUCUGUGCUGUUUACAAUGUUGCCGUAUUUGCUUCUCCUUUAAGCAUCAUGAGGCAUGUCGUAAGGACUAAAAGUGUGGAACACAUGCCAUUUUCUCUUUCCCUUUUCCUCACGUUAUGCGCCACGAUGUGGUUCUUCUAUGGACUCUUCAUGAUGGAUUUCUUCAUUGCAUUGCCAAAUGUGUUGGGAUUUUUGUUUGGAAUAGCUCAAAUGAUCCUCUAUGUCACAUACAAGAAUGCAAACAAGGACGUUGAAAUGCAGAAAGAAGUAGAUAUAGAGUUAAAGCAGGGCUCAUUGGAGGAUGUAAAUCCAUGCAAAGCAGAUCAACAACAAAAAAUGAAGGAAAUUAAAAUAAAUGUCACUGAGAAGCCUGUUGAAUCAGACAAGAUGAAUAAUGUUUGGUCCCGUCAAUGGAGAAACAGCAAAUCCAAGCUUGAAAGACAAAGUUCCAUGUCAAGGAUGGAAGACAGAUACCUUGUACGGAGGGAAUACUAACAGAUUCUUUUUUCUUUUUCUUUUCUCCUCUUCCAUUUUGAUGGUCUUCUUCCCAUGUGCUAUUAAGUAGUAAUAAGGUACUGUAAAAUAGAGUGCAAUCUCUGUGGAAACAACUUGUAUUGAUCAAAUGGCUUCCUUAUCUGUUUGAGCUGUCCCCUAUGGAUCCGUUUCCUUUCAGAUCCUCUGGUUUUUUACCAGAUUUGUGCAUAUUCUGGAUAUUUAAUAAAAUUUCCGUUUUGACUGAGAAAAAAAAACGGCUUCCUUAUCA